AUGACUAACAGGGACCCCGAAUUUCGCCAUCAGCUGGGCAAGUUCCGUCUCGACUCCUCCCUUGCGCCGCAUACCUCCGCCCAAUCGCCCCUGCUCAACAACUCCCUACCCCCGCCAACGCACCUCCCUUCCCACGUCUCCUCCCCGUCGCAUCGCAGCAAACGCGUCUCCACCGCAUGUGAUUUCUGUCGCAAGCGCAAGAAGAAAUGUGACUUCCGCUACCCCAAUUGCUCCGCCUGCACGCGUGCCGGCGUGCGUUGUACCAUCCCGCCGCCCGGGCCCCAGGUCGCCAGCGCUUCUGUCCCGCGAGAUCAGCUCGAAAACCUACAAAACCGUGUGCGAUGGCUGGAGGAGGUCGUGCGGAAGAAGACGGGCAUUCCCGUGGCCGACCGGCCCACGGGGAGUCCUCUUGAUGGCGAGGGAGAUCCGGACUGGUGGUAUCAGAUGCCGAGCAUGCUGAUGAGCCGGAGUAACUCGAUGCGCCCGUUGGGCGGAACGCCGGCGUCAAAUAGUCCGGCCAGCGCGUCUGGGGUCGGCACCGACCUGCCCAACGUGGGUGAGAUCUUUCGCGACCAUCUCGAACAUCGCCGGCCCUCGGUGGCCCGGCCCACGAUCACCUCGACCAAGACCGCCCCCCGCGUCCUCCGACUCGCCUCGCUGGAAGAAGCCGAGCAGGUGGCCUCGCGGUACUUUGACAGUAUGGGGUACCAGUAUCCGUUCCUGCACCGCUCCGACUUCUUUCCACCGCUGCGUCGCAUCUACGCGGGCGAGACUCCGACGACGGAGUUUCACUAUACCUACCACAUUACCAUCGCGAUCGCUCUGUUGAUCGGGUCGUCCGAUGGCACGCAAGCGAUGGAGUUCUACCGUGUGAGCCAGGAGACGCUACCGCUGGCUCUGCAGAAUGAGGACCUGGCGGCGGUGAAAGCGCUGCUCAGCAUGGCGCUGUACACCCUUUUCGCGACCACUGGCCCCAGCGUGUGGCAUGUGCUGGGCACUGCUUUGCGGCUGGCAACCAGUCUAGGUCUACACAAGGCUCGGCCUGCAGCGAGCGUGAUCGAAGAGGAGAUGACCAAACGGGCGUUCUGGAGCCUGUACAACCUGGAUCGGCUGAUUGCCAGCACGCUGUGUCGGCCGCUGGGCAUCGUGGACGAGGACAUCAGCGUCAGCCUCCCGCGGGAGUUCAACGACGAUUGGACAGAGGCGCCGGGAACCAGCGUGAUGACCAUCCCGGUGCAGGUCGUUCGCCUGCGUCGGAUCUUUUCACGCAUUUACCGUUACCUAUAUAACAAUCAACCCCCUCCCCCGACGAACGAAGUGGUUGUGACGCUCAGCCAUUUCCGCCAAGAGCUGGAUGACUGGCGUCGGAAUGCGCCGGUCUAUCCGCCAGCUCUUCUGUAUUCUACGAGCUACUAUGACUACCUCUAUGCCACAACCCUCCUGCUCAUGUACCGACCCAGUCCACGGAAUCCGACUCCUGAUGCAACGAGCAUCGUUAGUUGCGGCGACGCCAGUAUCCAGGUCAUUCGAUCAUACUGGGACAGCUACUCGGUGGGCAAGUUGAAAUGGAUCUGGUUGACGCUGAGCCAGACGUACUUCGCGGGAAUCACUAUCCUCUGGUGUCUAAACCACGAUUUUCUCGCGGUACGCGACGGUCUCCCGCCCGCGUGGCAGCCAGACGACCAGACCAUGCGCCGCGCCAUCCAGGCGGUGGUGGUGCUGUUGGAAGAGUUUGGCAAGCGACGACCGGGUGUCGAACGACUGGCGGAGACGUUCCGACAGCAGAGCACAAUGAUCUUCAGCCACCUAGCAUACCAACAGGAGCAAUUGGGUCAGCAGAACCCUCCGCAACCGCCGCCACCGCCGCCGGUGUCGCAGCAGCCGCAUGUCCUGGUGGCGCCGCCCGUGCCUCUGGCGCCGGUGCUGGACGACGUGUUGCUGGUCAAUGACUCGGGCAAUAUUCCUGUGAUGGACCCUCACCUGGCGCAACAAUUGCUGUAUUCCUAUGAUUGGUUCCAAGAGGAGAUGGCGACCUUCUAUACCCUAUGA